AUUCGUGAUAUCAAGGCCUUUUUUCUGUUUAACGACCAGAAUUGAAACAAGGCCGAGGAGAAACUUGAAGAGUGCGGACGUCAUUUUCUGUUUUGGGAUACCCUAGCAACAUCACAAUGAUUGGCUUUCAAUUAAUUUCCGUGGCUCUCCUGUGCAUGACAUGUCUUGUAAAUGGAUUCGCAGGGAUCUUUGGCGAAGUGUGUCCCAUUGAACUUUCACAGAAGACUUCCAGGGCUUGCCAAGAAAGACGUUAUCGACAACUGCUGGUUAAUAAAAAAGUCUAUCAGUUAGCCCCGAUUUCUUUUCUUCCCGAUGAACCAAUCAGAUGGCUGAACAUGACAUAUGAUCAGAUGACAGCUGUAUUUGGUAAGCAUCCUUUCGAGCAAUGGGAAUUUAAUAUAUACCUUGCAAAAACCGCGGGAGGCGCCAAGAUUUUGGAGCAGUGGCACAAACUUAAUGCAGGAGAAGAUAUACAAAGCUUCGCUGACUUUGUGGAGAUAUACACUUUCUUUCGAAAGGCACAAGAAGCUUUGGGGGAUCCGUAUUUCAAAAAUCCCUCCGACGAAGAACCGUUCCAGAACAUCAUAAAGUACUGGAUGCGUGAUAAAGUGUUUGCUGAACAGAGACUCGCAGGCGUCAAUCCUAUGACGCUGAAGAGAAUUUCAACCGAUAAGGAAGAUGUUGGUUUGAAGUGGAGCGAGCUGAAGAAAGUUUUAAAUCAGAAGUUUGACUGGGAUAAUCUUAUAAUUAAUACUCCAAACCUGCCAAAAAUUUCACUAGCAAAGGCAAUAAGCAGAAAAAUGGUGUUUGUUUUACGUUAUCCACUUUUGGAUUAUCUACCAGCAAUGCCAGACAUCAUGGAGUCGCGUCCUCAUAGAAAGAUGUGGGAUCCAACUUCACCGAUAGCGUUCUUCGCUGUCCACCCAAACAACAGAAACAAUCUGAUCCCCAUAGCCAUUCAAAUGGAUGUCAAACCCGGUUCUCCAGUUUACACACCGAAAGACGGUGACCUCUGGAUGCUGGCAAAGCUCAGCGUUCAAGGAGCAGACCUCGGCUACAACCAAGUCGCUGAACAUUUGGCGAAGACGCAUCUUCUCUUGGAGCCAUUCUGCGUGAGUAAGGACAGACAGCUGUCCGAGAAUCAUCCACUCCAUCAGGUCAUCAAGUAUCACUGCAGAGGCAUCAGUAUAACAGAUAAGUUGGCGUUCCAAUUUCUGUUAGGAGAGAAUCAAAACCUACACAGGCUGUUCCCGUACGGUUAUCUCGGGGCUGUAAACAUUGCUUUGAAGUCCUAUAGGCAAACAAGUUGGAAAGACACAGAUUUCAUAGGAAAUAUUCGGGAACGUGGACUGGACUUCAGAACCCUCCGUUAUUUUCCUUACAGAGACGAUGGUUAUUCCAUCUUCGUUACGAUUCAAAAAGCGGUCCGAGAUUAUGUCAAGCAGUACUACGAAUGUGACGAGGAAGUGCAAAACGACUAUGAAUUGCAAAAUUUUAUGAACGAAGUAUCUGCUGACGGCGUAGGCAUUGAUGGAGGAAAUGGAAAUGUGAAAGAUCUUCCCUAUGAGUUGACCUCAGUUGACAGUCUUGUAGUUUUCUUGACAAGACUCUUGUGGCAACUCAGCGGGCAACAUGCAGCCUUGAAUUACCCCGUGGCAGAUUAUGGAGGGUUCACACUCAACAUGCCCACCAAGCUAUAUCGAGACCGACGAGUCUCCAAUGAUGUGUUCUCCUUGUUCAGUUUUCCUAACGCUAACAUUUCUGCCCGACACGCAAUUGUUGCCUUCUCCCUGACUAAUUACCGUUACGAUAGUCUCUUCGACUAUGGAAGCCAACUGCCGGACAAACGUGGAAGAGACGUUAUGUCCAAGUGGUUUUACUUCCUUCAAAGACUCGUGCAGCCCAAGUUGGAGAAGAGGAAUCAGAACCGGCUCAAGGGAGACCAUUUGACUUACCCUUACCUACUGCCUCGCUGGAUACCGAACGGAAUACAGACAUGAGAAAUACUGAAGCGCGGAAUAAGAUGACAAGAUAGCCCCUGAAAAAACCGUGGUUUGGUUUAAAGUUUUCUCGGAUUGUGAAAGAAAGUGUGCCCUAAUUUCAAAUUAGAAUUAUUUCUACAUUGUUCAAACCACAUUAAAUGAUUAAUAAAGCAGACCUA